CAUGUAUGUACGUCAUAUCUUAUCAGUAGCUACGUUUGUCGAUGUCGAUAAAAAAAUCGCCCAGAUCAUGAAACACACUCCUAGUGUGUUGUUUAGUGUUCUGUGAUUGUGCUAGGGAUAUACAAAUCUCUAAUACUCUAUACUCUUCUACAAAUUUGUUUAUUGUGGCUUAGUGAGAAAUACGAUUAAGCGAUGAAAAUUGUAGUAAGGACACCACACCAUGAGUCGGAAUUGCAAGCCGUUCCCAAAACUUCCACAAGAGAAGUUUUUCAGACUAUGUGCAAGUCUCUGGGAAUACAGGAAACUUGGUGGUUUGGAUUGAUGUACAAAGGGCCUGAUAAUGAAGACGUCUGGAUCGACAAGUCCAAAAAGUCUCUCAAAGAUCUCCAAAAAAAUCUGGCCUUUAACUUCGCCGUCAAGUUCUAUCCAGAAGAUGUUUCCGAAGAAUUAAUAGAAAACAUCACAAUCGAAUACUUUUUCCUGCAAGUUAAAACCAUGAUCCUGAAGGACGAAAUCUAUUGUCCUGCAGACACUAGCGUACUUUUGGCUUCUUACGCUUUGCAGGCCAAGGUGGGAGAUUACCAGAAAGAUCAAAUUAAUGAGGACGUUUUCAAAAAGCAAAAGUUGCUGUCAGAAAGGGUGGUCAACCAGCAUAAACUACAAGCGUCGGAAUGGGAAUCGAAUAUAACAAACAUGUGGGAAAAACAUCGUGGUCUGGAUAAAGAUGACGCCAUGUUGGAGUAUCUCAAACUAGUCCAAAACUUAGAAAUGUACGGUGUUUGCUAUUUCAAUAUCAAAAAUGCCAAAGGUACUGAGUUGCUUCUAGGAGUGACGGCUUUGGGUUUGAAUAUUUAUAAAGUUGAUGACAGGCUGAACCCAACAAUUUCCUUUCCUUGGUCGGAAAUCAAAAACCUCAAAUACAAAGGUACCAAGUUUGUUAUCAGACCCAAUGAUAAAUCUGCUAAAAAUUUUAUUAUCCUAACAACCAAUGAAAAAGUUAGUAAGCAAAUUCUAAACUUGGGUAUUGGAAAUCAUGAACUCUAUGUGAAGAGAAGGAAACCUGAUAGUGCCGAGGUAGCCAAGAUGAAGGAGAAAGCCAAUGAAGUACGAAAAACCAAGUUGAUUAUAAGGCAAAAGUAUAAUUCAGAACGGCUUGCUAGAGAGGAAGCAGAAAAACGAGAAACUAUGUACAAACAACAGUUGGAAGAUAUGAGGAUUGAAAUCGAUAGAAAACAGGCCAGCCUGUUAGAAGCUGAAAGAACGAUAAGGAGGCUACAAGAGCAACUUGACGAUCUUAAGAGAUCCAAAGAAGAACUUGAAGAUCAACGUACGGAAUUACAACAAAUGAUGGAAAGGCUUGAACAAAACAAAUACAUGGAAGCCGAAGAGAAACUAAAACUCGAGGAAGAAAUUCGUGCUAAACACAAUGAAGUUCAAAGAAUCCAAAUGGAAGUAGCUAGAAAGGACGAAGAAACUAGACGUCUACAGGAUGAAGUUGAAGAAGCUCGUAGAAAGGAGGAAGAAGUUCGUUUGAAGCAAGAGGAAGAAGAUAGGAGGCGUGAAGAAGAGCAACGUCAAAGAGAAUUGGAAGAAGCUAAUAGGACUGAGAAAGAACUUGAAUCGAUAUCUGAUGCUGACAAUACUUUGCCGGAAGUAAAGGAGGUCAAUGAUCAACUUAAAGAACAGUUGAAGAAUCUUCAAGACCAAUUGAACGAAACCAGAACCAACGAAGAAAGUGAAUUGGAUAGAAUUCACAGAAUUAAUUUAUUGGAAGGAAGAGACAAAUAUAAGACAUUAAGAGAUAUUCGUAAGGGCAAUACUAGCCGGAGAGUGGAAAUGUUUGAAAACAUGUAAAGUUUGCGAAUUUCCUAUUGAAAAAUCUCUGGAUUAUUCUAACGUCCAAAAGUAUUAUCGAUGCUUAGUCAUUCCUUUAACCAAUUUAUUUUGAGUAUCGUCUUGCUCCUAAAACUUAGUACAUUGUACGAUUUUAUAGAUAUUUUUUACAAUGUUUUGUAAAUCUUUUACAUUACCUACCUAUACCUAUAACGUUGAACUGUUAAUAAUUUAUUGAAUAUGUUAUUAUGAAGAUAAAUACAUUUAUUAAAGUAAUUACAAGAUU